UUACGGAGCUCUGAUCCGCAAUUGAGUCCGGCAAAGAACCUUAGCCACCAAGGAUUCAUUCUCUCUCUCUCUCUCUUAAAAGAAGUUCCAUAACUGCUAAAACCUAAAAGGGAACUCUUCUGUCAAGGAGAGAAAAAAGCCUUAGCGACGAAGCCUUCCCCUAUCUUUCUCUUCUUACGUAUUAUAAAAGGGACUCAAGAGAGCAACCGAGAGAGACUGCCAAGGCUAACAACAAGAAGAAGAUCAAGAAGAAGGAGAAGAAGAAGAAGAAAGAAGCAAUGGAGGAAGGGAGCACCGUAGAUAUCUACUUCCUACCAGAAGGUUGUAUCUCCAACAUUAUAUCCCUAACAUCUCCUCGAGAUGCGUGCAGGUCGUCGGUGAUCUCUUCUUUUUUCAGAUCGGCGGCGGAUUCAGACUCUGUAUGGGAAAGAUUCUUACCCUCCGAUUACCAGCAGAUCUUGUCGUCAUCAUCGGUGUCUCCGUCCCCAAUGUCAGUUUUCUCGUCGAAGAAGGAGCUCUAUCUCCAUCUCUGCCAUGAUCCCCUCCUCAUCGACAGGGGCACUAAGAGCUUCGCGUUGGACAAAUGCAGUGGCAAGAAGUGUUACAUGAUUGGUGCAAGAGAGCUGUCGAUUGUGUGGGGAGAUACUCCAUCGUAUUGGAAAUGGCAACCCCUUCCUGAAUCCAGGUUCUCAGAGGUUGCGGAGCUCGUAAACGUUUGUUGGCUGGAAAUCCAUGGCAAAAUGGAGACACGACUGUUGUCUCCCAACACAACAUAUGUAGCCUACAUGGUGCUCAAGUUCACCGACUCUGCCCACGGAUUCAACUUUGACCCGGCGGAAGUCUCUGUCAAAUUACUCAAUAGUGGUGAAGAAAUGAUCAAAUCGGUGGAUUUGAAUCCAGUAGGGAGACAAAGACGGCAGGUUGGAGGGUACAGAGGGUUUGGAAGAUUACCAACCCUCCUGAGACUCAGGCCAUGGGAACCAGUGGAAGAUCCAGAACCGCGACAAGAAGGUCAGAUACGACCCAAGAAAAGAGAGGAUGGGUGGAUGGAGAUAGAGAUGGGGGAGUUCUUCAAUGAGAGAGGUGAGGAUGGAGAGGUAGAGAUGAGUCUCAUGGAGGUCAAGGGUGGUCAAUGGAAAUCUGGCCUCAUCAUCCAAGGCAUAGAACUCAGGCCGAAAGAGAACCAAUGAAUUAAAACCAGUCAUUUAUAUGGGUCUCUACUAUUAAUCUGAAGUGGUCCAAGAAAGUGGACAACCUUUUUCAACUCUUAAGUGUGUUAGAAAAGAGCUUUUUCUCUCUGUUUGUGCUUUCUUUUAGUUAAAAUUUUCAGCUAGCUUGUAUUUCCAUGUUGGUAUUGGAUAUAAUUAGGAUAAAAAAAAUUAGAGAAUUAAAAAGUGUGUACCCUUAAAAAAGAAGAAAUAAUUGAUAUAGAGGUUUGCAACUCUA